CAGAAAUCAAAGGUAGGGAUUCACCUGUAACUGAUUUAUCUUGAGGAUAUGGCAGGCAAAGGCAUCAGCAAAGGAACUCUCAACCUUCGUUUCAUGCAAAAUGCGCAACGGAACGAAGACCUCACCAUCGCCCUUUCUGGCACCAGCCUACCUACGGAUAUGUCAACGGGUCCGACAGCGACAGGUUCACUAUUAUCGUUUCAGGAUGAUUCAAAAUGGGAGGUAUCAGCUGCUGUGAGGGAAGCCUGGGGUACAGGGUCUAAGUCAGGCGGAGGUGUAUCGCCGACACACGAAGCAUCUUAUCUCCCUUUCAUAUUCUCAUCUUCUGGAGAGUCGUCAUCGGCACCCAGCACGAGCGGUUCCACAGGUGUAAAGCUGCGCGGUCGACGGACGUGGAACAAAAAAGGGGAAGAAGUAAUCGAAACAGAUCCCAUACCGACCGAGCCCACCCCUUCCACGACCGCUACCUCUUUCUCGAAUUCGAAACGCCUUACCUCCAUCUCCGGCUCGACGUCCUACCACCCCGAAGCCCAUGCUGCCAGACCGAAAGAAAAGCCCUCUAAAGGCAAGCAAAAGGAUCGUUCUCGUGAUAAAGAUGCAGACCUCAACAGAGCGAGCGCUAAGUCCGCAAUGGAUCUUAUUCGGGAGAACGGGAAUGUAGGAGCCGAUAUGCGGACGGCGAGGGCGCCACAGCAGACCCAGACGCAAAGUCAGACUGUAUCUGUACCGGGCGCUAAUGGGUUCAUGAAGCCCGCCGGACUCGACGAUGUGGUAGAGAUGAAGGGAAACGUAAAAGGACAGGCGGUUGAAAGUCCCGGCGACGCGAAAAAGAAGAAAAAGGUGAAGAGAAUGAGGAGUGAGGCUGACGGACUUGGUGCGGCGGGAGGUGAGGGCGAGGGAGAUGAAGGAGAAGGCAAGAAGCGGAAGAAGAAGCGGAAAAGUGGGAACGCUGGUGAGGCUGAGUCAUAGUGUUCAGGCGUCUCGGAGACUUCUGCCAGACACAGCAACUUCGUCGUGUUCGUAAGUGCUCACUGGAGUUGACCUGUCUGCCCCGGCUUAUAGUGCACUCCAUACUGUCGGAGUGCUUGAUCCUUCCAAUCUACGGCAGUUAACUAUCUCAGGCUAGUCGUAUACGCUGCUGAUAUCGCCAGUUGUGGCCGUUGCUAUCCCCGCACACACUGCAGCACGAAGUCUUGCUCCCCCUUCCAUAUGUUCCUCGAACGUCAUGGGCCAUCGUUACCCUUCCUAACACGCAUUUGUUCAUAUGUAAUCUGGUGCCACAGACGCACGUUGCACAUCAUAGAUGGUGUUUCCUUCCAUGCCCCAAUAUGCAUCGCAGUGUCUUUCGGGCAACUUCUCAGUCACCGAGUUACGAGGUCGGUCAUUGGUUUCCCAAAUAAUCCCAUUCAUGCUCUUUCAGCAAUUAGAUAGGCC